AGCGCAAAAGAAUGUGAAAUCUACACAGAACACGCACAUCCAACAACUGUGGCGAAAUAUUCGCCGUCCGGUUAUUAUAUUGCAUCUGGUGACCAGUACGGGAGAGUACGAAUUUGGGAUGCAACACAGCCGACGCAUAUCCUGAAAGCCGAGUAUCCGGUUAUGUCGGGUCCAGUUCGUGAUAUUGCAUGGUCUGAUGAUAGCAAGCGAAUGGCUGUUGUUGGUGAAGGACGUGAAAGAUUCGGCCAUGUUUUCUUGUUCGAUACGGGGACCUCAAAUGGGAACCUGUCGGGCCAAAGUCGUGUAAUGUCAAGCAUUGAUUUCCGCCCGGCCAGGCCGUACAGACUUGUUAGUGGCUCCGAAGAUAACACAGUCGCGAUAUUCGAGGGACCUCCAUUCAAAUUUAUGACCUUAUUUCACGAGCAUACACGCUUUGUUUAUUGCGUCCGUUACAAUCCCAGUGGCACACUGUUCGCCAGUGCUGGAGCCGAUGGGAAGGUUGUAUUAUACGAAGGCACAAAUGGCAGUAAAGAAGGCGAAUUUGUGGAUGAGCAAUGUAAGGGAGGUGUGGCACAUAGUGGCAGUGUGUUUGGGUUAUGCUGGUCUCCAGAUGGGCAGCAUAUUGCAACUGCUUCCGGUGACAGGACUGUCAAAAUUUGGGAUGUCGCAUCGAAAAAAUUGAUGAAGACUUUCGCGAUAGGGAAUUCAGUCGAUGACCAGCAGCUUUGCGUUGUCUGGACAAAAUCUUUCUUGGUUGGAAUAAGCCUUUCCGGUUUCGUCAAUAUUUUGGAUUUGGAAAGCGGUUCCGUGUCGAAAGUUUUAAAGGGCCAUAACAAACCGCUAACUUCCUUGGCAGUUUGUGCGGAGAAGUCGUUAGCUUUCACUGCUGAUUUCGAAGGCAAUAUUAGUGAGUUUCUUUCUAACGCUUUGGCUAAUGUUUUUAGACUGGGGUGGGCCCUUUUCGAUAAUUUAUUAUAG